AUGGGCUGGACUUUCCAAGGUCCCACGUCUGCCUAUAGCGGCUCAUCAGACUCGAAUGCUAUGAUUUGUGUGUUGAAGACGGGAGUCUACCCACAGGAUGAAACAGCCACAUCGCUGCGCACCUUGUGGGAGUUGGAGAGCAUCGGCAUUAUCGACGACUCCAAGAACAGUCGUGAAAUCGACGACCGUGUAUGGGACGACUUCCGGCAAAAUGUCACAAUGCAAGAGGGGCGAUACGUCGUUGCACUGCCUUGGAAGUCCGCUGAAUGCCAUCUUCAUGACAACCGCGAGGUGGCCCAGGGCCGACCGGUAAGACUCGUUCGUCGCUUGGAGAAGGAGAGAACUCUCGAUGAAUACGAUCGAGCUAUCCGCAGCUACCUGGACAACGGACAUGCCGAAAGGGUUCCGGUCGAAACGUCUGAGGACGAUCGGACAUAUUACAUGCCUCACCGAGCCGUUGUUCGGCAGGAUUCAAAGUCCACGAGCGUGAGAGUAGUGUUCGACGCGUCUUCUCAUGCGCCCGGGGAACUGUCGCUCAAUGACUGUUUGGAAAGAGGACCAAAACUGAACACGGACCUGGUCCCCAUCCUAUUGCGUUUCCGCAUGUACAACGUGGCAGUCAUAGCCGACAUUAAGAAGGCCUUCCUCCAGGUUUCUGUCAAUCAGCAGGACCGUAACGCUCUGCGCUUCCUCUGGUUCUCGCGCUCUCCAGAGGCAGGUCAGCCACUCCCUAAUGUUGAAGAAUGGAGGAUGACCAGGGUGCCAUUCGGCACCAAAGCAAGUCCGUUCCUGCUAGGAGCUACUCUCCAUCACCAUCUGAGCAGCAUCCAGGGACCGGACCAGGAGAUCGCCAAAACAAUUGCCAGCUCCUUCUACGUGGACGAUCUUCUCGCCGGCGCAUCUACACCUGAGGAGGCGAGGAACAUCGUCGACGCGACGAGCCGGAUAAUGAGCGCAGCUGGAAUGGAGCUGAAAAAAUGGGCAUCGAACUCGACUGACCUGCAAAACUACUUCGAUGACCAGUUUUCGGAGGUGCCAGAAACACAUCGGGCGAUAACGACUGAAGAGGUGACAAGAGUUCUUGGGAUCACCUGGGACAGAAAAAGCGACACUUUGACGUUCACGGAUAACAACAUCCUGGACGCUCUGCACCCGUCUCACAACACCAAACGCUGCGUGCUGCAGGCUGCUUCGAGGGUGUUCGAUCCACUGGGGCUCAUCGCGCCGUUUACAAUAAGAGCAAAACUACUGUUCCAGCGACUUUGGGAGAGAAGCAUCGACUGGGAUGAACAACUACCGGUCGACCUACGUCAAGAAUGGUGCGCCUGGCGUUCGGAGCUGCUUGAUCUACUCAGUAUCUCGAUCGACCGUCACUUACAACGAGAUCUGGAUGGCCCGAACACUCUACAGCUCCACGUAUUCGCAGACGCCAGCCCACUAGCCUAUGGAACAUCUGCCUACCUGCGGGUCGAGGACAGCGCUGGCAAAACUCAGGUCAACCUACUUUUCGCCAAGACCCGUGUGGCUCUUCUGAAGAAAUUGACACUCCCCAGACUAGAGCUACUGGGUGCACUUAUCGCGGCCAGAACAGCAGAUUUUCUCAAAGAAGGACUCCGGGUGGGCGUUCUUCCGGUCUAUUUCUGGACGGACUCAUGUACAGUGCUGCACUGGAUCAAAGGAUCUGCGGCGAGAUGGAAGCCAUUCGUCUGCAACCGCGUAAACGAAAUUCAGUCCAUCUGUAACCCCGACGACUGGCGCUACUGUCCAGGGAAGGAGAACCCUGCUGAUUGCACAACCAGAGGAAUGACCAUCGAAGCGCUCAGAGCCUGUGCCGCUUGGUGGCACGGACCUGACUGGCUCAGACGGGGCCAUGAGAGUUGGCCAGAUGUCGAGACCCGGCCCGUGCCGCACAGCGAAACGGACGACGAGGCACGUCGUCCCUCAGCUACAGUCAUUCAGGUAGUGGUCGUUCCCCAGGCCCCUCUGCUAAAGCUCGAAGACUUUAGCUGCUUUUCGAGAGUUCUCCGUGUGACAGCUUGGGUUAUGCGCUUUAUUAACAAAUGUCGUAAAGUUUCACCGGAGGCUUCCCCGUGGCUUACAGCCGAGGAGAUAACGACUGCGGAGACGUUCUGGGUGAAACGAGCACAAAGAGACAGUUAUGCUCCAGAAAUUGAUCGUCUCGAAGAUGGAGCCGUUGUUCUCUCGACAUCCAAGAUAGCCGACCUGCAACCCUUCCUCGACGAGGAGGGCAUCAUGCGUCUGAAAGGUAGGCUGCACUACGCAAACGAAGAAGAACAUGUAAAACAUCCCAUCAUCUUGGCAAAGGAUCACCGUCUGGCGUAUAUGAUCGCGGAAGCCGCUCACUACCGCACACUGCACGGAGGAGUGCAAGCCACUCUCAACGAACUACGAGAGAGGUGGUGGAUCACGCGUGCUCGACAGCUGGUGAAAAGAGUCAUUUUCAAGUGUCAAGUUUGCCUUCGUUUCCGUCUAGAGCCCGCGGCUGCACCCACAGCUCCACUUCCGGCGGAUCGCACACACCGCUGCCAUCCUUUCGAAGUUGUCGGUAUCGAUUUUGCCGGACCGCUCUUCACCAAGUCACACGAAGGAUCUAACAAAUCCUACAUCGCUUUAUUCACCUGUGCGACGACGAGGGCGAUACACCUGGAGCUGGUGUCCGACCUAACCGCGUCGUCGUUUAUGCUCGCUUUUCGAAGGUUCAUUGCACGAAGAGGACUUCCAGCGACAAUAUAUUCCGAUAACGCGCUCACUUUCAAACGUGCCUCCAGGGAGAUCCAAGCUCUCUGGAAGAUGCUACGUCAAAGGGAGAGCCAGGAUUUCAUUGCCACGCAGAGGGUGAAAUGGAGAUUUAUCGUGGAACGUGCAGCGUGGUGGGGCGGCUGGUGGGAGCGGCUAGUCCGUACCGUUAAACAGUCUCUCCGAAGGGUGCUCGGACGACAAACGCUGACCUUCGAGGAACUCGAAACCGUCCUACUGGAUGCUGAGGCUGCCAUAAACUCUAGUCCGCUCACAUAUCUAGAAUCAAGACCGACGGAGCCGGACGCUCUCACGCCGGCCCACCUGCUCAUAGGACGACGACUGACCGCACUUCCCGAUCGACCUGCAUCCCAACCGGAAAGUUCGUCCGCCGAUUCAGUUACCCGACGAUGGUUACAUAGCCAGAAAGUGGCAGACCAGUUUUGGCAACGCUGGCGAAAAGAGUAUAUGCUACAACUAAGGUCUGCGCAUCACUCUUCGGUUUCUGGUGGACACACGAUCCAGAAAGGGGACUUGGUGCUACUACACGAAGACAAGGUCCCGCGACACGUGUGGAGAGCUGCACGAGUCAUCGAGCUUCAUUAUGGGAGAGAUGGACAAGUUCGCGCGUGCGAAAUUCUACUUCCCUCAGGAAGGAUUACAAGGCGACCUGUUCAGCACCUCUACCCCAUCGAGACAGACUUUGAAAGGAGUUAA